AUGAUUGAAAACCGUAUUGGUAGCAGAACUUAUAUUACUUUAAGUGUUAUUGUGAGCAGGAGCAGUGAAAGUGGUAUAGAUGUUGAUUUUGGUCGUGUUUGCCGAAAUGUUGGUACAACUGCUAGUAGUACGUGUAUUGGUUUUUGUUAUAGUUGCGGUGGUCGCAGUACCAGCAGUGCUAGUUUUAUCAGUAUCAUUAAUUGUAAAAGUCGCAGUGAUAUUACUAGCACUGGCAGUUUUGGAGGUAAUAGCAGCUGCAGUAUGAAUAAUAGAAGUAGCCCUGAAUUUGUUGAUUCAGCA